AUGGAUGAGCGCUUUGAGCAGGCCCGGAGGUCUGUAUCGGGCAGGAAGUCAGUAUCAUCUCUGGCAUCUGACAUUGAUUCAGAGCUGCUCAGAGCGGUUCCCAUGGCCUUGUGUUUGAAGGGUUUUGGCAAGCAUUUCAGUGCAGAUCGCAAGUCCAACGAUUACCACCUCAGUCAGCGUGUUGAUGAGAUUGACUCAUUCAUCAGCCAUGACUGGAAGACGAGACGCUGGCUUAAAACUUUGACAUUGCUGGUUUACUUGAACAGUGUGCCUGCAGCUCUGGCGAGUUUGCUGAUGUGCAUGUUAAACUGCUUUCUCAUCAUUUUGAAGAUCCUACCAGGUGGAUGGCUCAUGGGCACCUUUUGCACCCACGGUGCUUUUUGGCUCGUGUUUGUCUUUUGGCAACGCAUUCGUGGUCUCUACGGGAAGAACAUGGCUUUCCUGGACCGGCUAUGCAUCUCCCAACACGACGAACACCUCAAGAAGGAGGGGAUUUUGGCCUUGGGAGGCUUUCUGUCCAAGUCCAAGAGGCUUCUGGUUCUUUGGAGCCCUCGAUAUUUCACACGAUUGUGGACCGCCUUCGAGCUGGCCUCCUUUUUGAAACAUGACCAAGCCAAAGCUAAAGAUAUCGAGUUCGCUCCGGCCAGCAUGGGGCCGUUGAUUCUCUGCUUCAGUUUGUUUGAAACCUUGCUGGUCGCCUGCUUUCACCUGCUCAUCGUGCAGGAUGUGCAGGUGAGGCUGGGGAACAUGGAUUCCUUGCUUGGCGAGGAAGGGGACCGGUAUUGGGACUUCUUGGUGGCUGUCUAUGUGAUCGCUGCCCCGGCGUUGCUGCUGAUCCUCCCCGUUAGCCUGUACUUUGGCACCCAGCAAAUGUUGGCCUUGCUGCAGCUCAAGAAGCAGCUGAGCGAGUUCAGCAUUCGGGCCUCUCAGUGUAGCUGUUGCGAAAUGGAUCACAGCCAUCCCGACACUGGUGAGGAGAUGCUGUGUGACCGAAGCCUCGUCUAUGAAACCUUGAAGAGGUGGUUUCCAGAUGAAGACUCUUCACAGGGUCACUUGGACAAGUUCGAUGAGCUGGUGCGGAAAGAGCUGAGCGGCUUCGUGCAAGAGAUCUUGGGAUCAGGUGCUCCACAUUUUCGCUACGUCGUGGCCAACACGGCGCCCCCUUUGCUUGGAAUCUUCUGCCACUACGUCUACAUGGCUGUGAAUGACCCUUUUGACUGGACAGCUCUCGGUUGGAUGAUUGGCUGGUUCCAGAUACCGCCGCUGGUGCUUCUGUCUUUCUGGGAAAUGCUUCUCUGUUGGAGGAUCGGGGCGCGAUGCCAUGGUCGGGUGUCCUUGUGGGUCGUCUUUCCACUUUGCAUGUGUGUUGGCAUCCCUUUCAACAACCUGAUUUGGUAUCAAUACACGCUGGUGAAGUACACAUUUGGGAUGAGGUUCAACUGGCCUGUUGCUGGCUCACUAGCUCUAAUGUGGCUAGUGGUUGCGAUUCCUUAUGUUCGAGAAUAUGGCAUGUGCGGAAUUUGCCACACAUGGCCCAAGAAGACAACGCAGCUUCAGCGCCAGUAG